AGAGCCAACUGUUGCCUGGGAAUAACUUCACAAACGAAUGCAACAUUCCUGGAAACUUCAUGUGCAGUAACGGGCGCUGUAUACCAGGGGCCUGGCAGUGUGAUGGGCUGCCGGACUGCUUUGAUGACAGUGAUGAGAAGGAACUUAACGCUUGUCCGAAAGCCAAAUCCAAAUGCGGUGCCACGUUCUUCCCCUGCGCUAGCGGGAUCCACUGCAUCAUUGGCCGCUUCCGCUGCAACGGCUUUGAGGACUGUCCCGACGGCAGCGAUGAGGAAAACUGCACAGCAAAUCCCUUGCUUUGCUCUACUGCCCGAUUCCACUGUAAAAAUGGUCUUUGCAUUGAUAAAAGCUUUGUGUGCGACAGUCAAAAUAACUGUCAAGACAACAGUGAUGAAGAAAGCUGCGAAAGCCCUCAAG